GAACCGCAUGUACGCACAGUCAUGACGCCACAUUCUCGCGUUAUGAGCCUUGUGGGGUUCGGGCUGUCUGUGUGAGAGGAGCUGAGGGGCUCUGCGUAAGUAGGAAGCACCAAUCUACAGAUAUAUUUUCUCUCUAUCAGGAAAAAAAAGGCUGUUUGAAUUAUGAAAACUGUGUAUUCUUGGAGGCAGCUUCUGUCAUUAUGACAUAUCCACAGUCUAGCUGGCUGAAGCCGUGCUGUGGUAGAAGAGCCACAAUGUGGCACAUGUUUCUGCUAAGUGGUGGUUUGAACUGCUUUUUGGUAGCCUGCGUGAUUCUUGUGGUCAUUCUCUUGACUAUGGAGCUACUCAUAGACACAAAGCUGCUACAAUUCUCAAGUGCCCCUCAGUGUUCAGGAAUCAUCCACUGGAUUAGUUUAGCAAUCCUGUCAAUGUUUUUUGUGGAGACUGUCCUAAGGAUUGUUAUACUCGGUAUAUGGGAUUAUAUUGAAAACAAAGUUGAAGUGAUUGAUGGGGCAGUAAUUGUUCUCUCUCUGGCUCCUAUGGUUGCCUCUACUGUUGCCAAUGGUCCUAGCAGCCCAUGGGAUGCUAUCAGUCUCUUCAUCUCCUUGCGCAUUUGGAGAGUCAAAAGAAUUAUUGAUGCUUAUAUUUUACCAGUGAAAGUAGAGAUGGAGAUUUUGGUGCAGCAGUAUGAGAAAGCCAAACUGAUCCAGGAGGAGCAGAUGGAACACCUAACUCAGAUGUGCCAAGAGCAAGCAUUUGAGAUUCGACAACUGAGGGCUCAUCUAGCACAACAGGACUUGGAUCUGGUUGCAGAGAGAGAAAGAGCUUUAAAAGUCCCCCAUGAACUGCAGAGACAAAAUGAUCGAUUCAAGGUGAUAGCAAACCGAGAUUCUGAUGAUGAUGCCACAGAAAACAUUACAGAGCUACCUCAUGAAGUCAUUAUGAAGGACGAUAUGAACAAUUACAUCACACAGUAUUAUAAUGAACCCAGCAGUGAAAGUGGCGUUCCUGGCACGUGCAUUUUCACUACAGCUGCCAUCGAUGUUCAUCACCACCCUAACAUAUCCUCAGACCUCUACUCAGCCAAAGUACAAAUCAACUCAGAACAGAACAGCAGCUCUGGCAGCGUGACAUCAGGAAGUGUGUCCCGAUCCCCUGAAAGCUCCGAGACAUUAGCACAGAGCAUAAGCAGUCAGGUGUUUUGCUCAUCUACGGACUUCAGUACCAGGGAGGAGUCCACAGAUUACUGUCCUUUGGCCCAAACUGUCAGACACACUGUAAAUAAUGUAGCAGACAAGGAACUCCUAUCAUCUUUUUCUGAAGACACAUCUUUAAUUCACAAGAGGCUGGAUCCUGCCAACCUGCACCUGAGCAAACCUGCAGCCUUAUGCACAUCUAGCCCCAAACACAGAGGUGGGAUCAACAUCAGUAACCGGGUGACCAAGGAGGGAUUUGGAACAUUCCAUGAUAAGGCAAAGUUACCCGUUAAUCUCCAUCUUCUAGAAGGUAAAUAAACAUAAUUAUACUGGUACAGGAUUUAAAAGUCCCUAAUUCAAAUCAGAUUUCAAUACUGGUUCUUGCAGCCAAACAGAAUCCCACAUUUAAGAUCCACCAUAGCUAAAGUAGCAGUAAAUGAAGAGUUGCCUUCUCCCACACUGUGAAACAAAGCAAAGCGCAAGCUGCAUCUCAGAGCUAUUCCUCACUGGGCAGACUACUUUGGCAGUCCACGUCCUCAUUCUCAGGAGAUAAAGAUUUCACAUAAAUGAUCACUUGUCUGAUCACACAUAUGUAGGGCUUAAUUUCCUAAACUAACAAAAGCGCUUUACUAGGAAAAUGUAAUCUCUAAAGAAGAAAUAACGGGCACUAAUUUCUUUAAUUUUUUUAUAUUAUCGCAGCUUAAUACACCCCCCCCCCCCCCCCAUAUCUAUCUGUUACCAUGCACAGUUGGGGUAGUGGGGCCUAAAGUGGUCAUUGCAAAAAUGUAUUGGUUUUUAGUCUAGCUAUUAAGAUGUAGCCAGGUGGAUAAAUGGCAAAACAGAGUGUACCAAGCUUGGCCUUGGCUAACAACAUUGAUCAGUUAUUAAAGGACCCCCACCGGGUGAAUAACAUGAUUUACUUUUAAUUAAUUUUGUGCUGCCAUCUUUACAGAUUCCCAAGCAAUCCAUGUCCUUUAAGGUGGUACACAGACAGCACUGUGGUUAGUACUGCAUUUGAUCAGCAAGCACCAUGCCAUACAGGGCCUUAACUAGGGGUAGCCAGCAGAGAUAGGGCUAGGUUGCAACUGGGGGAAACUAGGGCCUUAGACACAUGCCUCUGCUGCUUUCACUAACUUUGGCCUGUAAGUACUGCACACCCGGUGCUGUAUGAAUUAGAGCAGGUGGGUAAGUGCAGUGGGGGAAGUGUGGAUAGCAGGGUCUGGUGUCAGACAGGGAGGGGGGUCAGCUAGUGCGACAUUGGGGGGGGGGGGGGGGGGGUGGUGAGAGCAGGGGUACGUGUCCUUUGCCCUGGCCUGGUAGAGUAUUUUAUAGGAAGAUCAGGAAUUUCCAAACAGGCUGCACCUAUAUACAGGUGCUCCCUAUAGGCAUGCAGCCUCUAUACUGUAUUAUACCUGAAGGUGGGUGUAAAGAAUUCUUGGUUAGCCAUGUAACAAAUAGGGGUCACUGGGUAGCCUGCUCGAGUGUUGGUUUUGCCACUGUGCCCCAUCAUGAAUGCCUUCCUCCCAUCCACUGGGGAACCAGCAGAAGGAAAACAAAGAAGAAAGAAUGGCAGUUUAUGUUCUACGUAUAAGCAGUUAUGUUCCAUAUAAGCAACUGGAGAUUUAUUUCAUGUUUGGUAAUUAUGGCCCUUUACUAUCUGCAUGUUUAGGAUCACUUGUAAGGAAUUUGAUCCCAGGUGCACCCCUGGAAUAUAAAAGAUAAGAAUGAUGGGUUGUUUCUGCAUAAACAAACUGUUUACCAAGCUGCUUUCCUAUAUUUCCUUGUAAAGCAGGGACUUGAUAUUUUCUACAAAUGCUGCUAUAUUUUUAAAUGCACAGAACAUUUUGGCGGUAUUUGGUAAAUGCAAAUAAAUGAUCAUGUGCCAGAUC